ACUUUUGGUUUCGUGUUCGAAGGUGCCGUGUUGAUUCGUGAGCAAAAGAAGCAGCUCCGAAAUUGUGCACAUAUUUUGGUUAAGGCUUCCCAUUACGAACAGAUUUACAGUUUAGGCUCAACACCCGAUCUCACCAUGGGAAUGAUGGAAAGUCUCGGUCUCAGCGGGCUCGGUGGUGGCGUCCAGCGAAUGGACAAGCGACAGUUUCUGUUUCAGGUGCUAAGCUUCGGUAUGAUUGUCUCCUCGGCGCUCAUGAUCUGGAAGGGCCUAAUGGUGAUGACCGGCAGCGAGUCGCCGAUUGUUGUCGUGCUGAGCGGUAGUAUGGAACCGGCUUUCCAUCGGGGCGAUCUGUUGUUUCUCACCAACCAGGACGAACCGGUGCGAGUGGGAGAAAUUGUGGUGUUCAAAAUCGAAGGCCGUGACAUUCCGAUCGUCCACCGGGUGAUUAAGCUGCACGAGAAGAACAACGGUACGGUGAAAUUCCUCACGAAGGGUGACAACAACUCCGUGGAUGAUCGAGGCCUGUACGCUCCCGGCCAGCUGUGGCUGACGAAAAAGGACAUCGUAGGGCGAGCCAGAGGCUUCCUGCCGUACGUCGGCAUGAUAACGAUCUACAUGAACGAGUAUCCCAAACUGAAGUACGGCAUUUUAGGACUGUUAGCGUUAUACGUGCUUGUGCAUAGGGAAUAAAAGUGGCGGUGUACUGUACUUUGUUCGACGCAAUUGUCGCCGGGCGCCCACCAGUUUGGGGGCUCUCUAUUCGCGCGUGUGGUGUUCCGUUUUGUUGAAUCGUCGAAUCGUCGACGUUCCAUCAGCCUCGCCGCUCGGGUUUCCAACAGCAGUGCGCUUUCGGGAAAAACAAGCUCCAUCGUAGCCAGUGUGGCAUCUCAAAUCGAACGGAACGGAAACGUUAGGUGGAAAAGUAAAUAAAUUA